UUAUUUGCGUAGGCCAAUGUUGAAGAUUGUUAUUCUCAGAUAGAGCGAGCGGUUUGGUGAGAAUACACUUCUUCGCAAAUGGAUUCUUAUGAAUUAUUACAAAACAUCGAUUCUUUGGAUUUUCUCGAUUACUCUAAUUUCAUCGAUCCUUCUCCUCCCACAGAUUUCCUUUGGUCCAAUCCAAGUGCGAGCACGGAAAUUGACUUUGCAAGUGUGAGCACGGAAAUUGACAUUCCAAGUGGCGCUGUUGCGUGUCAAGAAGAGAAUACUAGGAAGAGGGGACGUGCUGAAUCAUGCUACAAGUCAGGAACAAAAGCUUGCCGUGAGAAAUUGCGGAGGGAGAAGCUCAAUGAAAGGUUUUGUGAUUUGAGUGCUGUUUUGGAUCCUGGAAGACCUGUGAGAACAGAUAAACCUGCUAUACUUGACGAUGCUAUCAGAGUCUUGAACCAACUUAAAACUGAAGCUCAAGAACUGAAAGAAACAAAUGAAAAAUUAUUAGAGGAAAUAAAAUGUUUAAAGGCCGAGAAAAAUGAACUACGUGAAGAGAAACUUGUUCUGAAAGCUGAUAAAGAAAAGAUUGAGAAGCAAUUGAAAACUAUGCCGCCACCGAUUUCACCAGCAGGGUUUAUGCCUCCUCAUCCUAUGGCUGCUGCUUAUCAACCAGGGAUGAACAAGAUGGCUGUUUAUCCAAACUAUGGCUAUAUUCCAAUGUGGCAAUAUCUUCCUCAGUCGGCUCGCGAUACAUCUCAAGAUCAUGAGCUCAGGCCUCCUGCUGCAUAGUUUCUGCAUGUGUUAUUUCCCUUUGGAUAAUUUACAUUCAUCAUUUUGAUAACACUGCUCUCAAGUAUUGACAUGUAAAUUGCCAUUGCUUCGAAUUUUCGGGUUUUUAACAUGAUAAAAUAGGCUUACAUUUUCCAACCUAUGUUGGUGUAAGUGUCAAAUAGAUCUCUCCUUAAAUAAAGUCAAUUUUUUUUUUUUUUGUGGAUA